UAUAGGCUGUGUUAAUAUAAAACUGAAUAAAUUUCAACAAAUCUUUGAAACUGUAUAACGCACACUGUUCAGAAACUUCCAAAAGCAAAUCUUGCUAAAUUUCUGUAGAGUAAUAACCAUACCUCUGCUUUGAUAUGGAUAUGAAUGUUGGACAUUACUGAAAGAAUGAAUGAGAUGAAUAAAGGUGCAGACAUGCAUUUCCUCAAAACAGUUUCAGGGCACAAAAUUUGGAUCAUAAACACAAUAAACAUACUAGAGAUCAACAGAGAAUAAAUAUAGUACUGAAAUGUUGUAUUAAACUCUCAAAAAGAAAAAUUGCUGGAACAUUUGAAAAGAAUGUGUGAAGACUGAGUCCUGAAGCUGAUCUAUUAGGAUGAACCAAUGAACAUACGAUCUCAGGGAUGUUUUAAGACAAUACGGAAUGAUGAUGAUGAUGAUGAUGAUGACAACCUUUUAGUCUAUGGGCUAAUGCCUGUGGUUAUGGCCUUCUAAAAUACCUACUUUCUGUCUCCCGUGACAAAGGAGAGGAAGUCCGUUUUUGAGGUGGAGACAUACGAGACACUCCACUGCUGCAAAUGAUAGAACAAUGGUCAGUGGAGCAAACUUAUGGCUUAACUUGGCUACAAGAACAGUGGUGAGUGGAGUCUAGCAUUCCAGCACCCAAAGCUUUCAUUUUAUCAGGUGAGAAAAAGGACAGGCAAAUAUAAACUUUCCCAUUUGUUAACACUCCAUGCCAUGGCAUUGAGAUAUGUAGGAACAUGGAAGUAAGUCUCCACACAUUCUAUAUGCUGGCACUCUUAUAGAGGUGAGUUAUCAGCUUUGUGUUCUGGCUGCUUUUCCGCAGGGAAAUGGCACCUAUAGCGAUUAGACAGGAGCCUUGGUAGGUUUCAGAGCCAGUUUUGAGUAUUCUGACAUGGAGAAAAUUUCCCGUCUGUGCUGUGAAUCUGCCUCCAUACAUUCUAAACUCAAGCACUUCAUGGAGGUGAGUGAUAUCUUUAUGUUCUGGCUAAUUUAUCUCCUGAGAUGUAGCACCUAUAGCUGCUGGACAGGAAUCUGGGUGGGUGCUAGAACUAGUUUGAAUGUGGUGACAUGGAGAAAAUCUCCUGUCCCUCCAAAGAGACUAUGUACCUUUUUUUUUUCUAUGCAUAUUUAUCUCUAUGCUAGGACAGCCAUUGGUGAUCAUUUUGUGGAAUAGAAAAUUGAAAUACAUCUGCAGUAUAGUGUAUUAAAAAGGAAUGUGGUAAGUUAUCCCUAUAACAGGUCAUGGAGACCCAUAAGGUUGUGAGGUGUUGAGGCUCCUAAAUUUUCUAGACUGUUGGCUCACAUAUGGUGGCUAGGUUGUCAGUUUUAUGUACCAGCCAGCCUUUACCCCCAGGAAGAUCCCCGGUACUCACUCCUUACGUCUUCAUGGGGUAAUGCUUAACUAGUUAAUUAAACACAGAGACAACUCCACAUUUUACUCGUUAUCCUAUAUAUUGUAUUACAUAGUGUUUUUGUAGGCAAUUUUACGACGCUGUUAGUAGCGUUGUAUUGUAGGACGAUUCAUAAAUUUGGCGGGAAUUAGAGAGAAAUUGUCAUUGCCUAAUAGUGGUGCUACCCUUGCGGGGGGAGGGGUUAACCAAGAAAACCCUCAAUCAGGCUGACCAACGUCCCGGCAGAGAUUCGAACCAAAUAUUUCCAGAAUACAAGCCAAUACUUGACACUAUAUUUUGCAUUUAGUCUUCCCCAGAACCGCGUUUACAAAUUAUUGUUUCCAUAUAAACCUUCCGAAUUUGACUUCUGUGGACACAUACAGUACAAUUUUCACAACUUAUUUCACAACCAUAAUCAGGAUGCAGGCAUUAGCACAUCGAGACUAAUUUUCUCGCAGUGUCCAAACAGCGGAUGAAGUCUCUAGAAGGCAGCGACAGUGAACUAUGUUCCAAGGUCGUGUGUUGAUUCGAAGGUUGUUAUGCUAUGAUGUAACGUUGUAUGAAAGUAUUCAAUUUUCUUCAGCGCCAUGGAAAGUGCAACGGAGAUGUAUGUCUCGAGAAUCCUUAUCAGAGGCGUAUGUCAGAACAAAACAAAAAUGCGAAUCAAAGAAACUUCCACCUGAUGUCAAUAAGAGAGCUGUUUUUGCUUGCAAUGAACUAGAUCUGAAAGAAGUCAAUGUGUAUGGAUUUGACUAUGACUACACAUUAGCACAUUAUAAACCAUCCAUGGAUUUCCUUCUUUAUAAUCUAGGAAGAGACACACUCAUUCAGAAGCAUAAGUAUCCUGCAGGCAUUGCUGAGCUGGAAUACAAGCCUGGGUUUGCAGUCCGUGGUCUUCAUUAUGAUGUUGAGAAAGGACUGCUGCUCAAGAUUGACUCAUUUUUACAAAUCCAACUGGGUACUGUGUAUCGUGGCUUGUCCCCUGUUUCUGAUGAGGAAGUGUUGAGGUUGUAUAAGAAUCGUGUCAUCCCAAUAGCCUACGUUGAGUCACAGGUGAAAAAUGUGAGAGGGCAACGGUUGCAUGAUGUGAAGAUAAAAAUGGUGCAGUUAGCCGAUCUAUUCUCGGUGCCCGAGAUGAGCCUACUGUGUAAUGUCGCUGAAUACUUUGAACGCAACCACAUUGACUACCAUCCUGAAAUUCUCUUUCGUGAUGUGAAGAGCUCAGUACAGAAUGGGCAUCCAGUAAUGCAUGAAAUUGUGGAGCAGAAUGUGUCAGAAUAUUUGGAGCAAAACAAGGACAUCCGCAAAUUCUUUGACCGUCUAGUGGCUGCAAGCAAGAAACUCUUCCUAGUCACCAAUAGUCCAUACCGAUUUGUGAACAAAGGAAUGGAGUUGCUAGUAGGAAAUGACUGGAUGCGGUAUUUUGAUGUGGUGAUUGUCCAAGCUCGCAAGCCGAAGUUCUUCACAGAUGAGUCCAGACCAUUUCGAAUCUAUGACUGUGAAAGUCGGACACGGCUCUGGGAUCGUGUUACAAGUUUGGAGAAAGGAAAGGUCUACUAUGAGGGUACAGUGAAACAGCUUCAGGACAUGACAGGAUGGAGGGGAGAGCAGGUUCUCUACUUUGGUGAUCAUCCAUACAGUGAUCUGGCAGAUGUGACUCUGGAACAUGGUUGGCGGACUGGAGCUAUCAUCAACGAACUCACACACGAGAUUGAGACGCUGAAUGAUCCAGAGUUCAAGAUGAACUGCAACUGGCUGCAGAUGUUGACACAACUGAUUGAGGAUUUUCAAGAUUGUGAGUCCGCUGAGGAUAAGGAAGUUGUGGCAAAAUGGAUGGCUGAGAGAGAUGAUCUUCGGCAGAAGAUCAAGUGUGUUUUCAACAAACAAUUUGGCAGCGUCUUCCGAACUUACCAUAACCCUACAUAUUUUUCUCGACGACUUUUCAGAUUUGCUGAUAUUUACACAUCAUGUGUUACCAAUUUACUCAAUUAUUCAGUCAAUCAUACUUUCUAUCCUAGGCGUGGUGUAAUGCCUCAUGAAUAUACUUCCUACUUUGUAUGAAUCCUGAAUGAUUUAUGAAGAAAUUGAGAUUCUUUCAAACAACACCUGCUUACUAUUGUUCUUGUCAGACCAUAAUUAUUGUCCUGAAACUUGCAUGAUGCUGAGCAUACAUAUCAACAUAAUCAAGAUUUUUAAUUUAUAAUUCUUUAGAGGCUAACCAUAAAUUAAAUCAUUUCUCUUUUUUGAAUGAUUUAUUGUUUUGCCUCCAGUUUGACAGGACAACAAUAUUAGAUUACAUUUUCCGUCACUUAGGAAUUUAAUAGACGAGAAAAAGAGAUAACAUGUUCAGCCCAAUUUAGAAAUCCUGACUUGUAAUGUUUUUUGUUCCAUUCUUUGUGUUGUACAUACCAGGGAAUAUAAUAGUUACAAAUAUAGUAAUUUGUGCCAUUGUAGGUUUAUGCUAUUUGUUGUUUUAUUUAUAUUUCACAAUUUUGUUCCAAUUUUUAUAAUUUGAUAGAAAGAUUAUUUGAUAUAUUUUCAGAAAUCUUUAUAAAAUAAGACUCUUAAAUAUAUCAUUUGAAAGACUACAAAUGAGAAGUUAAUCUUUGAAUGUACAAAUAUGAUCUUUAAAUCUCUGUUUAUGACUUACUUACUCAUUUCAGCAAAAUUGUGGGCCAAUUUGUUGCCAGCUAUGCUUAUGUUUUGUGAAAAUAUGAAUUACAGUGACUUAGUCAUCGGACUCAUAUGUCAAGUCAUUACCAUGUAUGACUUUUAUUUAGCUAAACUUGAAUCUGUCUUUCUGCAAAACCAUUUGUCAACCAUUGACAUGUAUAGUUAAAGUUUCUUUGAGGAGCAGUGGUUUUGAAUACUAAAUUGAAGGAAACCUUAAAUGGGGAAAAUUUUUUACUAGAAGAUUAUGGAUGUAGACUCAUUGAAGUUGAACAUUAAAAGAGGAAAAGUCUUAAACAAACGAAAAUUAAGUAGACAUUUAACUGUGUGGUUUAAUAUUUUGUGAGAACCUAAAUAUUUCUUUAUGACAUUCAAAAUUGUAUAUCCUAUUACCAUUUGUUGUUUUAUUUUUGUAUAACUACAGUAAUCUUGUCAGCAAAUUUAUUGUUUAUUUUGAGGGAAGGUCUCGGGUUCAAGUCCUGAUGAGGUCAUUGGAGUU